AUGACUGUGCCCAAGACGAUGAAUGCGAACUUUCCCAUGGACGAGCAAGGCCACGUCCAUCACGUCGGCGUCCGAGCGGGCCAAGUCUCCAACCUAAUCCUAACAGUCGGCGACCCCGCCCGCCUAAACCGAAUCGCCUCUCUCCUCGACGCAGAGCCAAAACCGUUCGAGAAUACCUCGAGCAGGGGGUUUACGGUUGUUACUGGACGGUAUCAGGGAGUGGAGGUCAGCUUGGUUGCGAUCGGGAUGGGAAUUGCGAUGGUCGACUUCUUCGUCCGCGAAAUCCGCGCCGUCGUCUCAGGCGACAUCACCAUCAUCCGCUUCGGAUCCUGCGGCUCGCUCGACCCUACCCUCCGAGUAGGCUCGAUUGGCGUCCCUGAACGAGCGGUACAGAUCAGCACAAAUUACGCGCAUUGGCAUGCGAAGAAGGGGGAAGAGGUGCCGGGGUACUUGGUUUCGCCGCCGAUUACAGCAGAUGCAGAACUACAAGCGCACCUCUUCUCGACCCUCUCCACAUCCGUCUCCUCCCCAACCUGCGAAGUCCGUUCGCUCCCCCUCCAUGCCUCAGCAGACACUUUCUACUCGUCCCAAGGCCGACUAGACCCAAACUUCCAAGACGACAACACCAACUUGCUCGAUUCCCUGCUCGCGAGGUAUCCAGACUGCGCAAGUCUCGAGGACAGAUGGAAACAGCCCACCUAUUCCACCUCUCCUCCAUCUCCCACCCACCUCCAACCUCCUCCACCCCGACCGCGCCGAGGAUAA